CAUAUAGAAAGUCGCUACGCAUUACUCAAGUUACGUUUUGAUUGAUUCAGACGUGGAAGUAUUCUCUACACCGAAGAUUGCGAUAAAAAAGAUGGGACAAUAUAGGAAAACAGUUUGAAAGGAGAGAUUGACUACGGAUAGUUUUGGCUAAAUCGAACCGUUCAUAAAUAUGAAGAGAGAUAGGGCUUAAAGAGGAAUGAGUGAAGAUAAGAUAGAACUAGAAUCCACCCUAAAAACAGAGGACCAAUAAAAGUUAAAGUUAGAAGAAUUGCGUGAAAUUAUGAUAGAAGUAAUACAGUUAAAUAAAAAAAGACAGGAAGAAAGAGGAAAGAAAAUAAAACAAGAAAUUAGGAAAGAAAUAGUUAAACUUCUAAAAGGGAUGCAAAAAGGGAAGAAGUUAUGGCAAAUUUGGAAAAAAGAAUGCAGACUUUAGAACAAAAGUCAGUAAAAUAGGAUGAGCAUAAUAAAAAGGUAGCACAGUUUGAAGGAAAAACUAUGUUUAGAGGCUUGAGAGAUUUGAAGCAGUAUUAUUGACAUCCCUCAUUGAGAAUAUGGAGUCUUGAAAAGUGCUACACACAGAAACAUUGUGGUAUUUUCAAAAGAAGAAGGUUUUUAUGUAGUCGGAUUGGAAACUUUGUAGAGGAUAUUCUAUAUCUGAGAUAAUAUAUUGAAUACUGACUUUUACUGGAGAAUAUGGCCCAAAACGAGCCAAGAUCGAAAAAAAUCAAGCAGUCCGUAAUCACGGACCAUAUACACAAUACUGAAUUUCAACAACUAUUUUGUAUGCACUGGCACAAUUGCACGGCUGUAAGAACUCAACACUUGGAAAUUAUCCCGGAACCCUUUCGAGUGUGCAAGAUAUCCAAUUUUUUGACGAACCAAGCGUUAAUGGAUGAGAUAAAAAAUGAGCUGUUGGAUGUAAAGAGUCGCCGAAACAGUAUUGAUCUUUAUCAAUUUGAGCAAACAAACGAUCUGGCUAACGUAGAAAGUAAGAACUUGAAAGUACUCUUUGAAACUUUUCAAACUGACUUAGUCUCGUGGAUGGAACGUAACACAAAAAUCGAACUGAACAAUAAGAUAUCCAUAUCCAGCUCCUGUUACUCAGAUACCGAUUAUUUACUCUGUCAUGACGACAACAUGGGGGACCGGAGAAUCGCUUUCGUUCUCUAUCUCUCGGAAAAUUGGGAAGUGACUGACGGAGGAGCUUUGGACCUUUUCGACACAGAUGAAAAUGGGCUUCCCAGAAACAUUGUCCGCUCUCUCGUUCCUGAGUACAAUUCACUCGUCUUUUUCGAGGUAGCAGAAAAUUCUUUCCAUCAGGUUGCGGAAGUCACUUCUCCGGAAAAGUGUAGAUGGAGUAUUAAUGGAUGGUUCCAUGGGCCUCUAAUUGAAAAAGAUAGACCUUUAAGACAGGAUACAGAAACUGCACUUAUAGAGCCUGAAAACAUGCAAUUUGAUCUGAAGCAAUGGAUAUCUGAAUCGUAUCUGUUGCCCGCAGUCGUCAGAGACAUAAAAGUAAACGUUGAAAACGAAUCCUUUGCUUUCUUACAAGAAUUUCUUCUAGCAGAUGUGUACGAGAAGCUUUCUCAAGAUAUAGCGAAUGAUGAAAUCCUGUGGAAGAGGGUCGGUCCUGCUGACCUGCGAAAUUAUGAAGUAGCCGAGGAAGAAACCUUGCCCGAGAAACUGAAGGAAUUUUGCAAACUAUUCAAAUCUAUAGUUACGUUUGAUUUAAUGAAAAAAUACACCGAAUUGGAUCUGGUUCCGGAGAAGCGUGGUAUGAAACCGACAAUGAGGAUGGAACUACAGAGGUGGACCGCUGGUUGUUAUACAUUGAUGACGGAUACUCAGAUUUACGAGUCUAUGUCUAAUACCACUGACAGGAAAUCCGCAUCGAAUUCAGAAGCAAUGGAAGAGGAUCAAUCGGGUGAAAGUCUAAAUGCCGAUCAAGUAUUAAAGCCUAAACCUUUUUUAGGGGAUGAGACUAGUCAUGAUUGUCUAGGAGAGACAGUGAACACACCUGUGAGUAGCGAAGAUGAGACAGAUACCGAAAUCUUGAAAAGAGUAUUGAAUGGGAAAUCGCCAAAGACGAGAAAGAAAUAUAUAAAUCUUUAUCAAGCAACAUCUUCCAAUGUGAAAGUUUCUGGUUCUAAACAUGAAGUGAGGCAUGGAUCGGAUUCAGAAGAAGCAGAUGUUGAAGUAAACGUAGAUGAUGAGAUAAGUCUGAGAAUAUUGGAUCGGAGAGUUACGAAAUCGAAGAAGAGCUUACACCAAGCUGCAUCUUCAAUCAUUAAAAUUUCACCUUCGAAGUUCGAAAUGAAUCGUGGAACGGAUUCUGAAGAAUCAGAUAUUGAGGAUUACAUGUCAGAUCCAAAUGAGCAUGUUGAAGAUGAUCGAGAAAUGGCGCGUUCAUUUGUGGAUGGGUCCCUGGAUGUAAUAAUACAAUUCCACACAAAGAAAGCUCCAGAUUGUGUUACUAUCGAUUACGUAAAUCCGAAAGAAGAGAGCGCCCUCAUACACGUGCCUACGAAGGAUAAUUAUUUAUGCUUGGUUUAUAAGACUACUGAAGUUUGCAGGGUUCACAACUACGUCAACCAUUACUGCAAAGGGUACUAUUACAAUUUGUUAUGCACCUUCUUUGAGUAGGGGAUCAAUAGGUUUAUUCUGUUUGACUGAUAUUCUUAAGGACACCAAUUCAAGUUGCGAAACGGUAAUUUUUCUUUUGUGAGUUUUUAUGAGUAUUUGUAUAAUUCUUUAAAGUUAAAGAUUGGAAUGUUUCAAAAAAUACUUGUUAAAUUUUUAGAAUGUUUGUCGUGCGAUUGGAAUGUAAUAUAUUAUUUGUAUUAAUAAACUCAUCAGUAUUUAUGGUCCGUUUAUAA